AUGAAGUCGCGCAAGCCGGCGAAUCACGUGCUUUCUGACUUUUUCUGCAACUCCAACUCGGACACGAUUCGAAAGACAGCUUCACCGUACAUUAUCUACAAUGUCACGCGCUCUGCUGUCGGUGUUAUCGUGCACAAGGUUGUCGGCAACCGCUACCUCGAGAAACGUGUCAACCUGCGGGUCGAGCACAUCCGCCACUCAAAAUGCCGUCAAGAAUUCUUGGACCGGGUCAAGAAGAACCACGAUGCGCAUGCUGAGGCGAAGGAGAAGGAGAAGGGUGAGCGUGUCAAGCUGAAGCGAAUCCCCGCCCAACCCCGGGCCGAACGAAACCCGCAUGCGUCUCGAUUAUGUGUUGGCCCUCAAGGUGGAGGACUUCGGAGCGUCGAUUGCAGACACAGGUCUUCAAGAGCGGCCUUGCGAAGAGUAUUCAUCAUGCCCGAGUUCUCAUUCGUCAACGCCACAUUCGGUAUGUGGUUGUCUUAUUCUUGUCAUUCUUUUUCUUCUAUGUCCUCAUCUUUUACCGUAUUUCUUCCUCUAUGGCGUCCUUUUCUUUCUUCCUAUGUCCUUUUGGACAACCUUUUCUUUCUGCCUUACUCUUAUCACAUUCUCCUCUUACUUCUGUCUAACCAUGUUGUCAGUGUCGGCCGUCAAAUCGUCAAUGUCCCCUCGUUCGUUGUCCGUCUUGACGCCCAGAAGCACAUCGACUUCGCUCUCACCUCACCCUAUGGUGGUGGACCUCCGGGUCGUGUCAAGCGCAAGCAGGCCGCUGCCGCUGCCAAGGAGGGUGGCGACGACGAAAAUGAGGAGUAA